CCGCGCGGCCGGCCCCGGAAGUGGGCCUCGCCUCCUCGGGAGCCGUGCGUCUGUGCCCGAGCCCGGCAGGUUGGCCACGGCGGCGCAGGGUGGCGGAGCCCUAGGGGUCGGGGCUGGCCGUGCUGCCGCCAUGGCCGGGAGUCAGGACAUGUUCGACGCCAUCGUGAUGGUGGAUGAGAGGUUCCAUGGGGAAGGGUAUCAGGAAGGCUAUGAAGAAGGCAGUACUUUGGGUAUAAUUGAAGGAAGACAGCACGGCACGUUACACGGAGCUAAAAUUGGAUCUGAGAUCGGGUGCUACCAAGGUUUUGCGUUUGCUUGGAGAUGUCUCCUGCACAAUUGUGCCGCUGAGAAGGACAGAAGGGCACGGAGAGGCGCCUCCUCGGAGCCUCCUUCGUCCCCAACACCGAAGCGUGCUGGCUCCUGGAAGAGUGUCGUGCUGUUCGCGGAGGGUCCCACCCCGGGGCUGCCGGCCUCGCCCCAGAGCAGAGUUCCCUGACUUCUUAGAGGUGUGCCCCGCUGUCAGGUGGAGUGGGCACUGUGGCGGUGGGCCCGGGGCUGGUGGGAGGCCCGCAGUGCUGCCCGAGGGGCUCUGAAGCAGCCUGAGCGCCUUGGUCUGGGGGUGGUGGUUGCAGCUUUUUGGGCGUUGUAAGUCAGUACGGUUUUUAGAAAUGGUAGAAGGCUGAUAGAGGAUCUUAUGCUUCGUGUUCCAACUGAGGAUGCUAAGGGAGAAACGCCUGCCCUCUGCCCGUCAGUCAGUAAAGCACGGGGCUUUCCCACCUGAGGGGCCGCGAGAGCAGUGUCUCCGGCGAAGGGUGGGCUUCGUUUACAUGGGGCCGGAGCUUUCUGAGAAGCUCCGAGGCCUCCUGCCCUGUCAGCAGCCUGGUGACACCUCACGCAGACCAGCGUUUGGCCCGGGCUCCGCUCUGGGCUCUGCAUUGUCGUCUGCGUUCCGUGGGCCGUAAGCGGGUCACACCCUCCUGACAUGCACUGGCUUUGAUGGGGUGGCGGGCUGGGUGUGUAGCUUCACUAAGCAGCGGGGAGAAGUCACGACUUGCCGAGGUCACGAGGGCCGGUGUCUUGGUUUCCUGUUAGAAGACGGCCGUCUCCCACAAGCUGGCAUCUGCCCGCCGUCCCUGGGAGCUGGGUGCUCUGUUGCGUUCAUGAGUGCGCUUCGACCUUCACCAUUCUGUAUUUCCUCAGAGAGGCAGCCAUCGCAGCUCCCAUGAACCGAUUUGCCCUUGGCAGACUUCCUCGUGUGACGGAGGGCAGCAGGGACUGGCAGGGGCUCAGGAGGUCCGCGUGCCUUGUUGCCGUUGAGUCCUUCUCGGGAUGCGUUCUUCAGUCCCCGUCAUCCACUGUACUCCCGACCCUCAGACGACCAUGUGAGGGCUGGGGGAGGGUGCUCAUCUGGCCACUUGUGGUCCAUUGUCCAGAUGUGCUCACGUAGGACUCGUUUUGCCCCCCGCCCAGGUGAGAGCCCCGGCCCCCAGGAUCCGGUGGAAGCCAGGCGACUCACGUUUCUUGAGCGCCUAGUCCCUGAGAGGUUCUGGGCUUCCAUGGCUUAUCUAUCCUCUCGAGAGCCUGUGAGGUCCGCGUUAACCCCCCUUUUCCAGACAUGGCCACCAAGGCUCAGGGAAGUGAAGUGACCCAGCGCCUCGGAGCGUCGCUCUGCAGGCUGCCUUCCUGCGGAGCCGCGGAGCCUCCCAGCAGGGCUCUGUGUCUUCCCGGGGUGGGGGGGAGCUGAACUCCAACACCAGACGCUGCUGUCUGCCCUUUGUGGGGGCGGCGGGGGCCUGGCUGGUUUAGCUGCUGCUGAAUUCCCAAAGACUGUGAGCGUGAAGUUUCUCGAUCCUGGAAAAUCCCUGGAUCCACAGCAGGCUCGGUCGUGCCCGGUGCCGUCCUUCUUGUCUGGCUCUGUCUGUUCCCACGGCUGUGACUGUGAGCAGCGCGGUCGGCGAGCUCGUUGCAGGCUGCCUGGGUGGCGCGGUCCACGGCCGGCCUGGAG